UACGAUCCUCGAGAGAAAUACAAGUGCUCUACAUUCUAUAUCCGUGAUCAAGCAAACUGCGGCUCAUGCUGGGCUGUGUCCACGGCAGCCGCGAUCUCGGAUCGUAUUUGUAUUGCGACCAAUGGUGAAAAACAGGUGAACAUUUCUUCCACUGACAUUUUGACAUGCUGCAAUCCAGAAUGUGGUUUUGGGUGCGAGGGAGGCUGGUCCAUCAGAGCUUGGCAGUACUUCGUUUACGAAGGAGUUGUUUCUGGAGGAGAAUACCUCACAAAAGGUGUCUGCCGUCCCUAUCCGAUUCAUCCAUGUGGACGUCACGGAAACGAAACUUACUAUGGCGAAUGUCCUAGACCGGCGCCAACUCCAUUGUGUAAAAAGAAAUGCCAACCUGGUUACAAAAAAAUCUUCAGGAUGGACAAACGACGAGCGCCAAGAGAAGAAGCUAUCCAAAGGGAAAUACUUAAGAAUGGACCGGUUGUGGCCUCGUUUGCCGUCUAUGAAGAUUUUUCGCGUUACAAAACAGGAGUCUAUAAGCAUACUGCUGGUGCGCUACGAGGUUACCAUGCAGUGAAAAUGAUGGGAUGGGGAGUGGAUAGCAAAACAAAUACAAAAUAUUGGCUUAUUGCCAAUUCUUGGCAUAACGAUUGGGGAGAAAAUGGAUACUUCCGCAUAAUUCGAGGAAUUGACGACUGUGGAAUUGAAGAAACUGUAGCCGCCGGAAUUGUCGACGUAGAAAGUCUUUAA